UACCAUUAUCCAGAAGAGCAAGCAACUCAUCCCGCUCUUAUCCUCUCCUCUUCACUCCCAAAGCUCCAAGCUUUCAAGACGAUGAUGGCGCUAGGGUUAUCCUCGCCUUCCGCUUCUCUACGCCUACCUUCCUUCGAUUCUCAUCUUUCCUCUUCUUCUCGCUUGAAUCUGUUCCAGUUUUCGCCUCUGAGGUCUUCUUUGUUUAAUGGGAUCCGCCUUCGGACCAGUGUCGCUGUUCCGACGCCUUCUUAUGGUGGGCUUAUGGUGGUGAGAAUGGCGAAGAGGGAGGAGGAGUUGAAGGAUAUUAGAGCUAUGACGACGGAGGAGAUCAAUGAGGAGGUCGUGGAUCUCAAGGGUGAGCUCUUGAUGCUCCGUCUCCAGCGCUCAGCUCGGAAUGAGUUCAAGUCUAGCGAGUUCGGUCGCAUGAGGAAACGGAUUGCUCGAAUGCUAACUGUAAAGAGGGAAAGAGAGAUUGAAGAAGGAAUCAACAAGAGAAUCUCUAGAAAGCUUGAUAGAAAAUGGAAGAGAAGCAUCGUGGUGAGGCCGCCGCCAUCUUUAAGAAAGAAGCUAGAGGAGGAGCAGAAGGCAAGAGAGGCGGAGAAAACAUCUUGAGAUUAUUAAAGCCUCAAACUAAUUCACUUGGCUUUUUUUCU